AUGGAGGUACUGCAAAACAUGCAACGAAUGGACAGGAGGAUUAUGGAGAUCAGAAAUCUGCGAAAAUUGAUGGACGAUGAGCUAGACAUUGAGCUUAAUGGGGAAGUAGGAAAUUACAUUAACGCGCUAGCCAAUUUGCACAUUUUGGAAAAAAAAAAAAAAAAAAAUUCCCAAUUGGUGGUGAGCUCGGAGGAACUCAGAAAUUGCGGCCAUAAAAAGGGCCGAAGGAGAUCGCGAAACAGCUACUCGUCGAAUAUGGGCGGACGAGGAAGGAACAACGAAAAUAGGAAUAGUAAAUCGAAUGGAAAGAGAUGGAGUCGCGACGGGGGGAGACGCUCCGGAGGAAGUAGAGGAAGUGGCGAGUACAGCGGAGGAAACGGUGACGAUGGUGACGAUCGUGACAAUCGCAACAAUCGCGACAAUCGCGACAAUCGCGACAACCGCGAUGAAGAAGAUAGCGAUGAAGAGGAAAAGGAAACACCCCAAAGUGACGACGACCAAGACAGUGACCAACCCAAAAAGGCUAAGAAGAAAACAGAAGACAGCGAAUCUGAAGAGGAGAGACAGGUGGAAGAAGAAGAGGAAGAAGCAUCCGCAGAGGCAGACCACUUAACCGAAGACACGCGCGACGAUGCUGGCGACGUGACUCAAAUGAGGGAACCCGAGCAGCUAAAGUUGCUGGGAGAUAUGCAGCUGAUGGCGACCCCCGAAAUGGUGAAUGCACAAAUGAGCGAAGGAGAGACCCAGGAACAAACAACAAACAUUGUUGAGGACAACGACAUACAUAACAUGAUUAACGAGAACGCGUCGUCCAUUCGAGAGUACAGCUUUGAAGAUGUGCACAUCAAGGCCUGCCUGUCAGAUAACAACGCCGCGGUGCAGAGGUUAUCGGCAGAGGAGGCUCGAAAGAUCGGAAAGAACAUCGUGAGCAACCCAUUUACGGCCAGCAGUUGUGCAGGAGAAACGGAUGAGCAGUACAUACGGGGAGACAGCCUUGGGGAGAGCGACACAAUGCAGAAAGGAGGAGAGAACUUUCAAGACUCUCAACUCAGGCGCUACAAGACCGAGGCCAUCAACCAGUGCAUCCAGAGACAGCAGACGCAAAUGAAACUGAACAAUGUGUUGACCGAGCUGAAAUUUAAAAGCGCACACCAUUUUGAUUACCCCCAAGGGGAAGACUCGGAAGAGCAUAGCCUAUCAGGAAGAAACAUGAACGAUGGUGUGGAAGGGAUGGAGACACACAAGAAACAUUCUCACACCAAUGAUCAGCAACCAGGAGGAUACAGCAGCCGCUUUGACCAAAGCUACACCGACUUUGUCAAACACUACGUAACACACGUUGGAAAUUUUUACAGAGAUGUGGCCAAACCACAAGUUCAAAAAAUGAUGAAUGCAAAAUCGCAAUCGUUUGGAUUAAGACAUUUAUAUAGGAAUGCAGGAGAUUCAUCGUACGCUUAUGACAAUUCCGAUUUUAACAGAUCAUUCUCCACCUCUAUAGGGGAUGGAGACACAAAGAGGGAAGCAGACGAUUGUAACUUUACAAAUUACCUGACCUGUUCAGGCGAAAAGGACAUAAAUAGGUUUUUUGAAGAAAACAUGAACUGCAUAGCAACGCCUUUUGCGGAAAUGAAAAAAUACAUGCCUACGCAUUUGGGCUAUUACGAGAAUUUUAAUUACUCCAAGGCGUUGGAGUCGAUUGGGAACUACGACUGCACGAAUGCCAGGGGGUACCUGGAAAACUAUGAUUGCGUGAAGAAUGCGCGCGCGUUUGUGGAGGACAACUCGUGCGCAACGGGCAUAGCACAGCUGGCGGAGCACGUGAACUUGGAAAAUGUGCGAAAACAGGUCAACUUGGACAACGUGCGAAAACACGUGAACUUGGAAAAUGUGCGAAAGCACGUGAACUUGGAAAAUGUGCGAAAACACGUGAACUUGGAAAAUCACGUGAACUUGGAAAAUGUGCGAAAACACGUGAACUUGGAAAAUGUGCGAAAGCACGUGAACCUGGCGGGCAUGGCGAAGCGCGUCAACAUACGAAGCGUGGCGGAGCACAUGAACGUGGAGCAGCUGAAGGAACGCCUAGACGCAGAGGGGCUGUUGAGCGCACAGUGCUUGGGUCAAAAUUAUAACAUCCUAGGAGAAGCCUACACAAAAUAUGUGAACCAAUACAUCGAGGAGGUGAAGAAAUCGCUGCAUGAGCAAAAGGAACAGUACACACAAAACGCCAACUGUAAUGAACAGCUCAUGAAUAAUAAUUUUGUAAAACUAGCUGCAAAGAACAUUCGUAAUUUAAAAAAUGUGUACUCCAAAAAUAGAGCAAAACUGAGCUGGAAUAAUCAUAACAAAUACAUUGCCUUCAACCAUAAGAAGUACGUGGGGCUGUUAGACACAUGUUAUAAGAAGAGAGUUGAGUCUGUAAAGAAAAAGAUUAAAGUGAACAAGGAGUUUUUCGACCAUUACUUUAGAGCAUGCACAAUUGAUUGUAAUAGUAGCAGGUACAUGGGAUCAAAUGAUCUGUCCCGGAGUGCUGCUUCUCUCUUCGAUUAUGGCAAUAUUGAGAUCAAUUCUUUUGAACAAACCAAUUCGCUCAACCUAGCGGACAUGCGUCUGCCAUCACUUUUUAAAACUUCUGGUUCUGGUGCCAACUUGCAGAGGGAUCAUAGUAAUAGUGGUUCUGCAAUGAUGCACACUGCGCAUGGAAACUCCGAGGAGGGGGAAAAUACAUGCAACGGAGAAGCGGGGGGUGAAGAGGGAUACGGUGAUACAUGCGGGGAUGGUGAUGUGGACGAAGAGCAGGUAAAUAUUCCAUGCUUCCCACAGAGGGAAAACAGACUGAAACAUUUGAAGUGUGUUAUGGCAGGCAGUGAAGGAAUGGAAAGCGAUAUCAUUUAUGACCAAAAGAAAAAUAUCUUCUUCGACUUUAAUGACAAUGCUUAUGUGCACGUUAAGGACAAUUUAUAUUUUAAUGCCAAGGACAAAUUAUUUUACGAAAUUGACUACAUUAAUGACUUGUCCUAUGAAAAUAUGAGCAAGGGGCUCCUCCAACUGGGACAUUUCCUCGUAACAGAAAAAUAUGCGCCCUGCAAACUCAUCAUGCGACUCUGCACACAGUUUAAUUCGUUCAUGUAUAACUUCCUUGGCCUGCGCAAGUACAACCUGUGUUACUCGGACAGGGAGAACCUCGUAGAAAUUAUCAUCAAGUGA